CUAACCUUUCUUCAAUUGCAGGUCGAAUAAUGAGAUCUGCCUCGACAGCUUGCACUGGUGCAAAUAAAAAUUAUACUAUCUAUUUUAGUGAUGAGACUAUUGCAGGUGGUAAUUUCUCUUCAGUAUUCGAUAUUACAACACGACAAAGGAGCACCCCAAAAACUUCAGGGAAUUUUAGUGCAAAUAAACGAAAAUUUGCACAAUGCAUUGCUUCGUGA